CUUCAUACUGAGGGUCGGCAGUGUUUAAAAAAAAAAAAAGGAAAAGGGCACCUUCCCCGUUAUGGCGCCCUGCAAGCGUCGUCAACAGGCCGUGGACGAAGUCGAAUCCGCCCACAAUCCCUUCUUGCAAUGCGCGGAGCUGAUCCUCCCAUGGCUGACCCCGCAAGAACUCGCCGCCGUCUCCCUAACCUCUGCCUCCCUCCGCCGCGCCUCCCUACCCGUCGCCCUCCGGCGCUCCUCCGACGCCUCCCGAGGCCUCGAGCCCCUCCCCGUCCCCUUCCGCAACGCCGUCGACUCCCGCCCCUACGCCUACUUCCUCUACACCCCCUCCUCUCGGGUCCUCUCUCCGCUUAACGAUACCCUCCUUCGCCAAUCGUGGGGCUCGACCCGGACGCUCGCUCGAUCGACCGCAUUUCCGGGUCGGCCGAGUCGCGAGGCGGUGGAUGUUGUGGGCGACGUGGUGUUGGGGUGCGAUUGCGAGAGAUGCGAGGGGCAUGAUUGCGCUUGUUGGGGCGGCAAGGGUGGGGAGGAGGAGGAGGCGGUGGUGACCGAGUGCGGCGCGGGUUGCGGGUGUGGGGCGGAGUGCGGGAAUCGGGCGAGCCAGGGUGGUGUGGAGGUGAGGUUGAAGAUUGUGAGGGAUAAGAAGAAAGGAUGGUGCUUGUUAGCGGAUCAGGCGAUCGACAAGGGGCGAUUUGUGUGCGAGUAUGCAGGUGAACUCUUGACAACGAAAGAGGCGAGGGCGCGACAAAAAGAAUAUGAUGAACUUGCAACGAGUCGAGGGUUCUCAUCUGCCCUUCUGGUGGUGAGGGAGCAUCUUCCCUCUGGAAAGGCCUGCUUGAGGAUAAACAUUGACGCCACGAAAGUGGGAAAUGUCGGGAGGUUCAUCAAUCAUUCCUGUGAUGGCGGCAACUUGUCCACAGUGUUAGUGAGGAGCACAGGAGCUUUGCUUCCUCGCCUCUGCUUCUUCGCUUCGAAAGACAUACAACAAGGUGAAGAGUUGACUUUCAGUUAUGGAGAGAUCAGGCUCAGGUCCAAUGGGUUACAGUGCUGUUGCGGGGCUUCUACUUGUUUGGGAAUACUUCCUUCAGAACAUACUUAAAAAGCAAAUGCAAAGCCAUCACUUUGGUUAGCACCA